AUGAGUGCAGAAGAGAGGCAGAAGGAUUCCACAAAAAGGUUAAGGCUCAUCUACAGUCUUAGCCAAGCAAAUCGUCUUCAGUGUGCUGCAUACAAUGGUCUGAAGCUGAGGUUUCUGCUGCUGUUGUUUUGGAUUGCAAAGUACUGUAUAAUAGAGAUUGGAACACUCGCACCUGACUACAACUACCCUGUAACCGAGGCCUCAGAAGAACAACUAGAAGAAGAGGAGGAGGGGGAAGAGUUGCCCCUGACACGCCAGCUCGUUCCUCAGGGUUCAGGGGGCUCUGGGGUUCUCAUGGGCCCAAACACACAGAAAGAGGAGGAGCUGCCUCUCAUUCCCGAGACUAUCCCUAGCGAGGCAUCAGGUGCUUCAGGGGAGUUCUCGGGAGCUUCAGGAACCUCAGGGGCCUCUGGGGAUCUGGGGAUCUCUGGAUCCUCUGGGGCUUCUGGUGCUUCUGGCUCUGGAGACACAGUGGUCCCUGAGGUAACUCUGGUUCCUGAUAUUGAUAAAGAGGAGGGGCUGCUUCCGACCACAACAGAAACCCCUCAGGAGGGUACUGGUGGUGUAGAAGGGUCAGUGAGCUCGGGUGAACCUGACGAGCCUGAUGAGCCUGAGAUUGACAGGAAAGGUAUGCCCACUUGCCUGCUGUGCACGUGCCUCGGCGGUUCGGUCUACUGCGAUGACUUGAAGCUGGAUAGUGUUCCACCUCUUCCUAAAGACACCACUCACUUCUACGCCCGCUACAACAGAAUCACCAAGAUCAACAAGUCUGACUUCGCCUCCAUGAACAAGCUGAAGAAAAUCGACCUAACCGCCAACGAGAUAACGUCCAUCGAUGAGAGAGCAUUUUUGGGUCUUCCCGAGCUGGAGGAGGUGUUGAUUCGAGAAAAUCAUAUCUCUCAGCUGCCUGCUCUCCCAGAGACCAUGAGCUUGAUCGAUGCCAGCCAAAAUAACAUUGGCACCAAGGGUAUUCACGAAGAGGCGUUCAAAGAUAUGACCGGUCUGUUGUACCUGUACCUCACAGACAACAACAUUGAUUACAUCCCUGUGCCUCUACCAGACAGCCUGCGAUCUCUACACUUACAGCGUAACAAUAUUCAGACGAUGCACGAGGACACGUUCUGCAACCUGAAAGACUUCAACUACAUCAGAAACGCACUGGAGGACAUCCGUCUGGACGGCAACCCCAUCAACCUCAGCAGGACCCCGCAGGCCUACAUCUGCCUGCCCCGCAUCCCCAUCGGGGAUCUCAUCUAACCACAGACACAAACCUACACUGUUGCACACGGACUCACACAAAUACAACCACAUGCACACAUCUUUGUACAUAUUGACACACCAAAGCCACACAUGCAGACAUGCUAACUAUUUAUCAAUACUCAAAAUUAAAUUAAUUACAAUUACAAACUCAUACAUGCUGCUGACAUAUAUUAUGGAUUGGUAAACAUUUUUGUGGAAAUGUAUGUUCCAUAAACAACGAACAGAUUCUGGUGAUCAAGCACAUACAUACUGCUCUAUCUUUCUGUUGUUUUAGAUUUUUAUAACACAACGUAAUGAAUUUGUCACUCUCACAUUCCCUCACAAAAUGCAUGUUCACACACAUAAGAACUUUUUCAUAAGCCAAACUGUUCCCCAACUUGAUUUAUAGAAAACAAUAGGCAACAUUUGGAGAAAUCAGUUUAUUAAAAACCCUCAAAUGUCA